AUGCUCACUCUCUGGCUCGUGCCGAUGCUCACUCUCUGGCUCGUGCCGCUGCUCACUCUCUGGCCCAUUGGGGGCCACCAACAACAACAUCACAUUUGCACACUCGGUUGUGACCAGGACAUUUGCCUUCGCACCUUUGGUACUGUCCCUUUCACCGAAGAUUUAGCUGAUCAUUCGGCGUGUCGUAUUCCCACCGAGCUCUCUAUUGACAGUUGGAAGGGCAAGAUGGUCGUGCUCUUCUCAGUACCUGGUGCUUUCACCAUAUGUAUUCCCAAGCCAACUUGUCACAUUAACCACCUCCCGCCUUACAUUGCCAACUACGACAAGUUCACUGUCAAUGUCAUCGUUAUUGUCGCUGCCAAUGAUCCGUUCGUCAUGAGCGGAUGGGGAUGUGUUGAGGGACUGACAGGCAAGGCUUGGCUUGUUCUGUUCUCUGCACACUACAUCACGUCUGUAUUCCUACCGCGUGUGGUCGCACGUGUCUUGGAACAGUGA